UUUGCUAUAGGAGGGCGACCUCCUAGGGCAGAGAGUUCAUGAGUUUUGGAACUCACAAACCGUGAAUGGCUGCGAUUGCACUGUAGAUGGCUGUGAAUUUACUGGCUUGCUGGUCUUCCGGCCAGAAUUCCUUGCCUCAACAAAAUUGUUUCCUUUAUUUGGUGUGAAAAAGGCUCCCCGUCAAAUAAACAAUUGAUGCUUUGUCUCUCUGAAAGCCAACGUAAACUCCUAGAUGGUAUUGGGUUUAGCUCCAAGGACAAAGUUGAGCGUGUAAUGAUGGAGUGCUCAGGGGAAGAAGACGGAAAUCACACCGAAGAAGAUACCCUAAAAUUAAUGGAAUACACUAGCAACUGUUUAAAGAACGAAAUACAUCAAUACCAAUAUGCAUCUUGGACAACAUUUGGACGAAGAUGCAUAUUUGCCAUACAAUGUAUUGGGAAUAAACUGACAUUACUAUCAACCAGUCGUAUGGGAAUUGGAAAAUGGUGCUUUGUGGAGAUACGGUCUGCAAUUGUACCAAGGGACUGGGAAGACCGAUACUACUUGAAUCGUGUCAUGGAAUUGUUGAUGAAAUUAAAGGAAAUGCUGCUUGAACAAGAAGAAGUAACUAUGAUUUUGAAGCGACUGUUGAGGAUAUCAUAGACAUAAUAAUAAAGUUAAUUGUCAC